CUAUUCAACACUAAAUAUUCUAAAUCAUCAAAUUUUAUUUUUAACAUGUUAUUUGUAAUGAUUCAAUUUUUAAAUAUCUUAUUAACACACUUCAGAUAGUCUGAGUCAUACUUGGUAAUCUAGGAUUUUAUUAGAUCCUCUGCCAUCCUAUCCUCUGCUGAGAAAACUUCACCUAAUUUUGGAUUCAGAUCAAAACUCUUCUGACUAUUCACAGACCGUGAAUCAUCCCCCUCUCCUAGCUGUUCUGGUCUCAUCUUAUCAUCUUAGAAGUUUAGUAAGGAAUACUACUAGGGUAAUCUCCAAACAAACAACUGUGAGUUUUGCCGUGAUCACCAUAACUGUUGUUGUUGUUGUUUUAUUUUUCUUUUCUCAGCUACGGUUUAUGAACCCCUCUAGGUUUUUCCAAUCUGCAGGACCGUAGACAAUUGUCCUUAGGUUACUGCUAGUUUCUACAUGGACAACCUCAGUCAUCUUCCGGAUGAUUUGCUCUUGCGAAUAUUGUCACUCAACACGACAAAAGAAGCUAUGGCCACAAGUCUUUUGUCCAAAAGAUGGCGUUCUCUUUGGACUUUAGUUCCAGGGCUUUCAUACGACCAUAGCAAUCACAAUGGUGACUACAAGAGCUUCACGCAAUUUGUUUACAGGUCUUUCCUAUCAAACAAGGCACCAAUUCUAGAACACCUGCAUCUGAGUCUCGGCCCUGACUGUCCCUCUGUAGAUAUUGGACUAUGGAUUAAUCUUGCACUUAGUCGCCGUGUCGGUGAGCUGCAUAUUCAUAUUGUUAUUCCUUAUCCCAAGAAAGUGUCUGUUACUUUACCGAGUAGCCUGUAUACCUCUGAAAACCUUCAAAGACUGUCACUCACAAACUGCGUUUUUCUUGAUGGUCCUGUUCACGUUCUUCUCCCGUCUCUCAAAACUCUGAGCCUUAAGACUGUCACCUACACAGACAACACGUCUCUACAAAUAUUUUUAUCCGGUUGUCCCAAUCUUGAAGUAUUGUCUGUGGAAGAUCGUUAUGAUGGCCCACCAAUGGAUGUCAUUGUCGUGGUGCCUUCCUUACAAAGGCUACAUAUGUCCCAUGGAAAUAUUGAAACACGUGGGACAUAUGUGCUAGACGUCCCUUCUUUGAAGUCCCUUGAAAUUAGAGAUUCGGCAAGGUGCAACUUCCGUCAAAUUGAAAACAUGCCUGAACUGGUAAAUGCACGUGUUUGCUUUGGUGCAUCUAGUACCCACGAGUUUCUGAAAGCUCUCACUUCUGUCCGUCGUCUUACGCUAACACAACCACUUACGCUAAAAUCAGAGGUAGUGAAUCCAUGUGGUAUAAUCUUCAACCAGCUUGUCCAUCUAGACUUGCGUACAUUUGCUGUAGGUUGGUGGGAUCUACUUAUUUGUAUGCUCCAGUAUUCUCCCAACCUACGAUUUCUCAAACUCAUUGAUGUUGCUAUAUAUUUCUCUGACAUGGAUAACCCAUCUGGUUGGAAGCCGCCGAGUUCUGUUCCAGAGUGUUUACUGCACAGUGUGGAGGCUUUCGAGUGGUUCCAGGACAAAGGAAGACAGGUAGAUAGAGAGAUGGCAACAUAUGUACUAAAGAAUGCUCUUCGUUUAAAGACGGCGACAUUCUCUACCAUAUCGACUGAUAUGGGGGAGAAGUGUCAAAUGCUCAAGGAGUUGGAAUCUGUAGCUACAGCUUCUCCUUCGGCUCAGAUUCUUUUCGACUGAACAAUCAUAGCACAUUUAGUGUUCUUAUUCUCUCUUCUUAAUCAUGGCUGUGUUUGUUUUUUUGGUUGGACUGAUGUAUCAGGUUUGUAAAAUGAACUGAUUAUACAACUUUUUCUUUUCUCAAAAUAUGGGACACAAGUUGAAAAUGAAGGAAACAUUAAGGCCAAAUUGUCGUUUCAGACUUGGACACACAUAUUAAGACCGACAUUUCUUGCUUUAGUUUUAAAGCUUGAGGUGUUGGUGUUGGUGCUCGAUCCUUUGGUUGUGGAACAAGAUAUUAUAGGCUUCAAUAUCGUGCUACCUUCCUUACAAAGGCUAAAUAUCUCCCUCU